GGCCGGCCCCGCGAGGCUCCUUCCGUCCACGGCUAUUUUUAAAGGCGGGGAGGGAGCGGCGAGUCCUCCAGGGUGACCUCCUUGUGCCGGGGCCGCGGCGGGCAGGGAGCUCGGCACCGCGCUGCGGCCGGGAAUACCCACGGGAGGAAGUUUGGGAAUCGCGACUUUAAGAUGGGGAAAGAGACAGGGGGAUAUGUCACGGGGUCAGGUUCAGGAGAUCUCUGAGGUCAUGGAGUCCAGCCUGAGCCCGAUGCCCACCCCGUCCCCCAGAGCAGAGCGCUGAGUGCCCCCCAGCCUUGCCUUAAACACCUCCAGGGACGGUGACUGCCGCCUCCCAGGGCUGCCCAUACCAGUGUUUAAUCAUCCUUUCUGUGAGGAAAUCUUUCCAAAUGUCAGACCUGAACCUCCCCUGGCACGGCUUAAGACAGUGUCUGGUCGGACUACUUUAAAACCUGUGUGCACAGCCCUCCACCUGCUGAAAAUGUCUGGGUUUAUCCCGCAUUUCCUGACGUUGGCAUUUCUUCUGUUCUGCCCCAGGGCUGACUGAUGUAACCGGCAGCUGCUGAAAGCUGCUGCAGUGUUCUCUGAGUUUUCCUUUGUCCUGCUGCCUCGCCUCGAAACUCUGAUAUCCCUCUUAAUUAGAAACUCUGAUAUCCCCCUUCAUUUGUCUCGUGGCUUUUGCUUCACUUUGUUCCCUUGCUGUGAUCCAGCAGCGUUUGCUUUGAUGCUGUUGAAUCUGCCCGGCCAAGGAGAGCCACAAGUAGCCCUGAAAAUUCUGGCACUAAUGUGAACUGCAGGAAUGCUGCCUGUGUUCAGGGAAUUCAAAAGUAAUUGAACUGGAAGGGCCAAUGGAAUUCCUGCAUCAGCGUGGUUUAAAUAAACAGCUAAGAAUACCACAGUGGUAAAAGUGUCUGCACCCAGUGCUGGCACUGCCCCAGCACGGGAGGUGUGGAGUUUUCAUGUGGCAGACGUGUCCUCCCAGCAGAAGGGAAGAAACAGAAUAUGGAAAAGAACACUUAAUAACUUCAAUUAUUCUUUCAGGGUGAAAAUUGACGCAGACUUGAAAGUGAGUUGUUACUGUGUAACUUCAUCCACGACCUGUACAAUAAUCUAAUUGUUGUUGGAGGUGAUCAUUUUUCAAAGCUGUGAUUGCUCUUGAUCUUAUGAUCAAAAAUAUUCCUAAACACGAGUCCCUCCCUGAACCUGCUGCAUGUGUUAUUUGUCCUUUGCCAGCCAGAAGGGUAUGGAAGAGAACAGAGCAGCAGAUCCUCCCCUGAGCAGCGUUUCACCAUCUCCAUCAAAAGCUGGUCCUUCUUUAGGUGUCCCCCUGUACAAACGUGAAGGGAGGGCAAUUCCAGGAGGUGCUGGGUGAUGCCAGCGAGGUGCUGCUGCCUCCUGGCAGCUGCAGAGCAGGAGAUGUGGAUGUGCCUGAGGCUGACCCCAAACCACACCCGCCCGUCCUGCCGGGUGGGGUGAGCCAAGGCAGCGCUGACAGACCCGAUGUCAUCACACCAUGACAUCUGCUUUUCACAGGGUGAAUACAGUUUUCUCACUCUGGGCAGGGUUCUUGUCCAGAGACACGUUCCUUUGAACUGGAUGUGCUGAUCCAGUUUUCCUGGUGGCUGAGCUGUCUCAAGGAGUGUUUGUAGCUGUCAGCCAGCCGCUCUGAAAGGCAUCUGUGUGUCGGAGGUGGUGUGAGGAGACUCAGUACUGAGUAAAAUCCUGUCUGCUGCCAGACUGGAGCAGCUUUCAUUUAAAAUUAUUUUUGAAAAAAUAGACCAGCGUAUCUGUGGAGACUGAGUCCCUUCAUAAGUGACUUUAUUGAUACAGAGAAAGCUAUAAUUGGUUUAAAAAUACUUCCCUUGCUAGGGGUGAAUGUAAGGACGUUAAUUUCAAAGGAUGUUGACUGUGAACUCCAGCUGGCUCUGGUGGUGAAAUAAUAAUGUUAAACAAAAUAACCAGAAACACUGAAGGGAACCAACUAAAUAUUUGUUUUUCUUCAUUCUGGAUAGACUCUUUAAUGGAGCCUGUCUAAAGGGAAUUGUUAAUCUGUAGGCCAAAACAACUUUUUCAUACAGAACAGACACAGGAUUGUACUGGUGUUUUUGUAUAGAAGGCAGCCCGGUGCCCGCCAGAGCAGUGGACAGCAUGUUGUUUGUUCCCCUGGGAGAUGUUCUGACAAACUCUGGAAAGAACAGCUUCCAUAUCAUCACCACGGGCUGCUCUGUGCCCUCACAGAGCUCCCCUUUUGCUACCUGCACUGCUCAGAUUUCUGGUGCUCUGCUUGCAGCAAUGAUUGACCUAUUUCCAUCAGCCUGGCUAAUCAUUAGUUGACUUAAAAUUGACACCUCCUUGUUGUCUGGGGCUGGAUUUGUUGUAAUGGUCUGGUGAUGUUUUCCUUAGAGUUCAGGGUGACCUUGUCCUCCACGGACUGUUACAUUGUGCACGAGAUCUACAACGGGGAGAACGCCCAGGACCAGUUUGAGUACGAGCUGGAGCAGGCUCUGGAGGCGCAGUACAAGUACAUCGUGAUCGAGCCCACGCGCAUCGGGGACGAGACGGCGCGCUGGAUCACCGUGGGGAACUGCCUGCACAAGACGGCCGUGCUGGCGGGCACCACCUGCCUCUUCACCCCCCUGGCACUGCCAGUAGAUUAUUCUCACUACAUCUCCCUGCCCGCCGGAGUGCUGAGCGUGGCUUGCUGCACCCUCUACGGGAUCUCCUGGCAGUUUGAUCCCUGCUGCAAGUACCAGGUGGAGUACGAUGCCUAUAAACUUUCGCGCCUGCCCCUGCAUACGCUCACCUCGUCCACUCCCGUGGUGCUGGUGAGGAAGGACGACCUGCACAGAAAGAGACUGCACAACACGAUAGCACUCGCUGCCCUGGUGUACUGUGUAAAGAAGAUCUAUGAACUCUAUGCUGUAUGACUUCAGCAGGGAAGAGAGAAACCCACAAAGACAAGUGUAUUAAGACUCCCACAGUAACAUUUUGUUUUUCCUCUUUGAGAAGCGGUGGAGACUGGGAAGGAUUUGGUUUGAUAGAGCUGUUAUUUUUCAAAUAACACAUCACUGGUGCACCAAGGUUUUUCAGCUCUUCGUUACACUUGAGAUGUGGAUGUGUGGUGACUUGAGAUCCGUAUGUUAGGCCAGGGGAGUCCAAUCCAGCAGCAGAAUGUCAGUGAAAGAAAGCAAUAGAAAGAAGGGGUGUGAGAGCUGCUUUCUUUUUUUUUUUCCUUUUUUUUCCUUUUUUUUUUUGGGGAAACAUUUAAGUAUAUUGUUUAAUUGUAUUACACAGAACCAGCCAGAAGUUAUCAUUGACCAUUAAAGGAUGAGAAUUUCAAAUGC